AUGUCUGCGCCAAACAUCCCCUUCAAUAACGACCACACGGCGCGUGUGGCCGGAGACACUGGGAGCCAGAAGACCUUUGUCAACGAGCACGACGCCAUUUCAACAUCGAACGAGAAGCCCCCGGUUUCGAAGGCGGUUGAGAGCAGCUCCUCUGCGUCGACUUCAGAUGAGGAUGGAAACGACACCGAGUUGGAACGCCGCCAUUCCAUCGUUCAGGAACUCGCCCGAGAGUACACCCGGCACUCAGCAGUAAACAUUGGCGACAACAACCACGCUCUAUUUGGCAGUGAUGAUGUUGACAGCCCACUCAACCCUCAUGGUUCGAAAUUUAACGCCCGCAAGUGGGCAAAGACUCUCGCCAACGUGACGAAUGAGCACGGUUCUGGGUUUCGCAAGGCGGGUUUCGCGUUCCAGAACCUAAAUGUUUUCGGUUACGGCCAGGAGACGGAUUACCAAAAGGAUGUCGGCAACGUUUGGUUGGAGCUUCCCAGUAUCACCCGCAAACUCACCUUAAAGACGGGAGGUCAGCGUCGCAUCGACAUUCUUCGCGAUUUCAACGGUGUUGUUGAGGCAGGUGAAAUGCUCGUUGUCCUAGGACCUCCUGGAUCUGGCUGCUCGACCUUCCUCAAGACCAUCGCCGGCGAGACCAACGGCAUCUACACCGACGAGCGCGCCUACUUCAACUACCAGGGUAUCUCCGCCAAGGAACUCCACAAGCACCACGCCGGUGAUGCCAUCUAUACCGCUGAAGUCGAUGUGCACUUCCCUCAGCUUUCUGUCGGCGACACGCUCACAUUCGCUUCGCGGGCACGCUGCCCUCGCAACCUCCCUCCCGGCAUCACCAGCGCCCAGUACUGCGACCAUCUCCGCGACGUUGUCAUGGCCAUGUACGGCAUCAGCCACACUAUCAACACUCGUGUGGGCAACGAAUACAUCCGUGGCGUUUCCGGUGGUGAGCGUAAGAGAGUAACCAUCGCGGAAGCCACCUUGGCCAACGCACCCUUGCAGUGUUGGGAUAACUCCACGAGAGGUCUCGACUCAGCCAACGCCGUCGAGUUCUGCAAGACCCUCCGCUUGCAGUCAGAGCUUUUCGGCCAGACCUGUGCCGUCUCGAUCUACCAGGCGCCUCAGAGCGCGUACGAUCUUUUCGACAAGGUUCUCGUCCUCUACGAGGGUCGUCAGAUUUUCUUCGGCCGCACCACCGACGCCAGACAGUACUUCAUCAACCUCGGUUUCGAGUGCCCCGCGCGCCAGACGACACCCGACUUCCUCACCUCGAUGACUGCGCCUUCCGAGCGUGUUGUGCGUCCUGGAUUCGAAGGUCGUGUGCCCCGCACCCCUGAUGAGUUCGCCCAAUGCUGGAAUGCCAGUCAGGAGUGCCAGAACCUGAAGGGAGAGAUCGAGCAGUACAAGAGCGACCACCCUAUCGACGGUGUCGACGCCCAGGCGUUCAGAGAGCAGAAGCAGUCCGUUCAGGCCAAGAACCAGCGCCUCAAGUCCCCGUACAUCUUGUCAUAUGGUCAGCAAGUCAAACUCUGUCUCUGGCGUGGCUUCAAGCUUCUCAAAGGCAGUCCCGGCUUAACACUAUUCGCCCUGAUUGCCAACUCUUGCACUGCUCUCAUCAUGUCGUCCCUGUUCUACAACCUUUCGGAAACCACCAGCUCGUUCUACAAUCGAUCCGCCGUUCUCUUCGUCGCCAUUCUCGCCAACGCCUUCUCUAGUGCCCUGGAAAUUCUCACGCAGUACGCGCAAAGACCGAUUGUCGAGAAGCACACCCGCUAUGCCUUCUAUCACGCCUCCGCUGAGUCCUUCUCUUCCGUCCUGGUCGACAUGCCGUACAAGAUCCUGAACACGAUUUGCUACGACUUGAUCAUCUACUUUAUGACAAACCUGAACCGCGAGCCUGGAAACUUCUUCUUCUUCCUGUUCACGACCUUCCUGAUGGUGCUUGCCAUGUCUGGUCUGUUCAGAUCAAUCGCCUCUCUGUCCCGCACUAUGUCACAAGCCAUGGUCCCCGCCUCGAUCUUGAUUCUGGCUCUGGUCAUCUUCACCGGUUUCGUCAUUCCUGUCGACUACAUGCUUGGCUGGUGCCGAUGGAUCAACUAUCUGGACCCUGUGGCCUACGGUUUUGAAGCGCUUAUGAUCAACGAGUUCCACAACCGCGAGUUUGAGUGCGGUGCCUUCGUCCCCAGUCCCCUGCUCGAGGGCUAUGAGAACGUCACCCUCGCCAACAGAGCAUGCUCUACCGUCGGCGCCGUGCCCGGCCGUUCCACCGUUAGUGGUGACGCCUACAUCGGAUCUCAGUACAAGUACUUCAACUCGCACAAGUGGCGCAAUGUCGGCAUCCUCAUCGCCUUCAUAAUCGGUCUCCACAUGGUUUACUUCCUCGCCACUGAAUAUGUCUCUGCCAAGAAGUCCAAGGGCGAAGUCCUCGUCUUCCGUCGUGGCGUCGCCCCUCCUGCCAAGGGCAAGGACGAUGUUGAGGCUUCCAUGUCUGGACCUUCCGCCAUUGUCGAGAAAGGUGGCAGAGGGGCUGGCUCCGACAACGAGGGUGCUAUCCAAGCUUCCACCAGCGUCUUCCACUGGAACGAUGUGUGCUACGAUAUCAAGAUCAAGGGCGAGCCUCGCAGAAUUCUGGACCACGUCGACGGUUGGGUCAAGCCUGGAACUCUGACGGCUCUCAUGGGUGUUUCCGGCGCCGGAAAGACGACUCUACUCGACUGCCUCGCUGAUCGUGUCUCCAUGGGUGUUAUUACAGGAGAGAUGCUUGUUGACGGAAAGAUUCGCGACCAGUCCUUCCAACGCAAAACCGGUUACGUCCAGCAACAGGAUCUCCAUCUCGAGACCAGCACUGUUCGUGAGGCUCUGGAGUUUAGUGCUCUGUUGCGCCAGCCCGCCACUACCCCUAAGGCCGAAAAGUUGGCCUAUGUUGACGAAGUCAUCAAGCUCUUGGAUAUGCAGGAAUACGCUGACGCCGUCGUUGGUGUCCUUGGCGAGGGAUUGAACGUCGAACAACGCAAGCGCCUCACGAUCGGUGUGGAAUUGGCCGCAAAGCCACCCCUCCUUCUCUUCGUCGACGAGCCCACUUCUGGCUUGGAUUCUCAAACCUCGUGGGCUAUCCUGGACCUUCUCGAGAAGUUGUCCAAGGCUGGCCAGUCUAUCCUGUGCACCAUCCAUCAACCGUCCGCCAUGCUGUUCCAACGCUUCGACCGCUUGCUGUUCCUCGCUAAGGGCGGUAGAACUGUCUACUUUGGAGAAAUCGGAGAAAACUCGCACACCCUUACGUCGUACUUCGAGAGAAACGGAGCCCCCAAGUGCCCCGACGGCGCCAACCCUGCCGAAUGGAUGCUUACAGCCAUCGGAGCCGCCCCUGGAUCAAGCACCGAGACCGAUUGGCACCAGGCAUGGAGAUCUAGCCCCGAGUACCAGGCCGUUCAGGACGAGCUCCAGCGUCUCAAGUCCGAGGGCGCAUCCCACAUUGACUCUCAGGAAGACCAGAAGGCCUCCUUCCGCGAGUUCGCCGCCCCCCUCUGGGACCAGCUCCUCAUUGUCACCCGCCGUGUGUUCCAGCAGUACUGGCGCACGCCCUCGUAUAUCUACGCCAAGUUCAUCCUCUGCUGCUCCGUCGCCCUCUUUAUCGGUCUUGUCUUCCUCAACGCCCCACUCAGUAUCCAGGGUCUCCAGAACCAGAUGUUCGCCAUCUUCAACAUCCUGUCCAUCUUCGGUCAGCUGGUGCAGCAACAAAUGCCGCAUUUCGUGACGCAGCGCUCGCUCUAUGAAGUCCGUGAACGGCCGUCCAAGACGUACAGCUGGAAGGUCUUCAUGCUGUCGCAGGUCGUCACCGAGAUCCCCUGGAACUCGCUCAUGUCCGUCUUCAUGUUCAUCUGCGUCUACUACCCCGUCGGCCUCUGGGAGAAUGGCGACCCGAGCCAGCGCAGCGAGCGCGCCGGUCUCAUGUGGCUCCUCUUCUGGCAGUUCCUCAUCUUCACCUGCACCUUCGCACACGCCUGCAUCGCCAUCACGGAGACGGCUGAAAUGGGCGGUAACCUGGCAAACAUGCUGUUCAUGAUGUGUCUGCUGUUCUGUGGUGUCCUCGCCAGCCCCCAGCAGAUGCCUGGCUUCUGGAUCUUCAUGUACAGAGUGUCACCGUUCACAUACCUGAUAUCAUCCAUCCUAUCCACUGGUCUGGCCAACUCCCAGGUUACCUGCUCCGGUAAUGAGUACAUCCACUUCAACCCGCCCGCCAACGACACCUGCGCGACCUUCAUGAAGGGAUACAUCGACCAAGCCGGAGGAUACCUCCUGAACCCCGAUGCCACAACCGACUGCAGCUUCUGCUCUAUCGCCGACACCAACGUCUUCCUCACACAAAUCAGCUCCAACUUUGACAACAGAUGGCGCGACUUCGGCAUCGGCAUGGUGUACAUUGUCUUCAACAUUGCCGCCUCCCUGUUCCUCUACUGGCUGGUCCGCAUGCCAAAGAAGAGCAAGAAGGCCUAA